AUGGCGCUGUUAUUACGAGGUGCCAAGCUGAUGGAAACUCCAACAGCCCCACCUAUAACAACUAGACGGGCACCAUUAACGACACCAUCUUUGACAACUACAAGACGACACACUAUCCAAUGUCCGGCGUUGACGCCCCCAACUAACGGAGCGGUCAGUCCUCCCGGAGCGACCUCCUUCCCAAACAUAGCCAGGUUCACCUGUAACACCGGAUACGUCUUGACCGGCACUGCCACUGCCUCAUGCCAAGCUGACGGAUCAUGGAGUAACGCUGUUCCGACAUGCUCACGCAGACAAUGUUCGCCAUUAGCGGCCCCAACCAACGGAGUGCGGACACCGGCUACUGGAUCGAACUUCUUCCAGGACCUCAUUUUAUUCAGCUGUAACACGGGAUAUAUCCUGACCGGUGCUGCUACUACGACGUGCCAAGCUGAUGGAUCAUGGAGUAAUGCUGUUCCAGCAUGCACACUCGUACAAUGCCAAUCAUUGACAGCCCCGACGAAUGGAGCGCUAACUCCUACAGGUACAACGUCGUAUCAAACCAUGGUCACGUUCACCUGCAACACGGGAUACGACCUAAACGGCGCUGAUGACACGACGUGUCAGGCUGACGGAACAUGGAGCCAUGUUGUUCCUACAUGUACAGCUGUCCAAUGUGCGGCGUUGACGCCCCCAACUAACGGAGCGGUGAACCCUACUGGAGCGACCUCCUUCCCAAACAUGGUCAGCUUCACCUGUAACACCGGAUACGUCUUGACCGGCACUGCUACUGCCUCAUGCAAAGCUGACGGAUCUUGGAGUAACGCUGUUCCAACAUGCUCACGUAGACAAUGUCCGCUAUUGGCAUCACCAAGUAACGGAGUGCGGACACCGACUACUGGGUCGAACUUCUUCCAGGACAUCGUUUCAUUCAGGUGUAACACGGGAUAUAUCCUGACCGGUGACGCUACUACGACGUGCCAAGCUGAUGGGUCAUGGAGUAACACUGUUCCAACUUGCACACCUGUUCGGUGUCAGUCAUUGACACAUCCUGCAAAUGGAUGGAUCAGUCCUGCAGGCCGCAAUAAAUAUCAGGAUGUGGUGCAGUUUUCCUGUAUCACUGGUUUCCAAUUGAACGGAGAGUCUGCUGUCACCUGCUUGGCUGACGGGACAUGGAGCGAUACUAUCCCAACCUGUACUGAUAUCGAUGAGUGUACACAGAACUUGUGCCACGGCCUGGCAACAUGUAUCAACACUAUUGGCUCUUUCCAGUGUAAUUGUAUCAAUGGGUAUCUUGGGAAUGGACUCACCUGUACAGACAUCGACGAGUGUACAACCGUACCAUGCCACCCGCGGGCUGUUUGUACUAACGUACCAGGGUCAUUCACUUGUGACUGCACCGAUGGCUACACCGGAAACGGAUUCAAUUGUGCAGGGAGACAAUGCCCGCCAUUGGCGGCUCCUACAAACGGAGUUCGGACACCCCCCACCGGAGAGACCUUCUACCAGGAUACGGUAACGUUUACCUGCAAUACUGGAUAUCAGCUGAAUGGAGUCUCUCCGUUGACGUGCCGGGCUGACGGAACAUGGAGCAACACUGUUCCAACAUGCACGCCGGUCCAAUGUCCUGUGUUGACAUCCCCAACUAACGGAGUUAGGACACCCGCUACCGGAGCGAACUCAUACCAAAACCAGAUCAUCAUUACAUGUAACACGGGAUACGUACUGACCGGGACUGGAACUUUGACGUGCCAAGCUGACGGAACUUGGAGCGACACUGCUCCAACAUGCACACCGGUCCAAUGUCCGGAGUUGGCGGUCCCAACUAACGGAGCCCGAAUACCGGCUACCGGAGCGAACUCCUAUCAAAACCAGAUCACCUUUACAUGUAACACGGGAUACUUACUGACCGGGACUGGAACUUUGACGUGCCAAGCUGACGGAACUUGGAGCGACAAUGCUUCAACAUGCACACACUCAAGCGUACGAUGCCCCACAUUGAAUGCCCCAAACAAUGGAGUGCUGACCCCACCUACCGGACCGUACACCGUACAGCAAAUGGUUACGUCUACCUGUAACUCGGGAUACCAACUCAACGGCGAUUCUAUCACUAGGUGCCUAGAUGACGGAACAUGGAGUAAUCCUGUCCCAACGUGCACAACAACAGACACAAGCACAGCUGGCGGUGGGCUUUCAUCCAGCAACAUCGCCGCCAUAGCUGGAGGGUUGGCACUGGCGGGCGUUCUACUCCUAGGCCUCCUGGCCGCUGUGUGUGGCGGUGCUGGUGCUGGCGCGGCGACAGAUAACAAGACGCCCGGGCUAAG